AUGAAUGAAAUAUCAUCAGAUAAAACCUCGGUAAAGGUGUCUCGGUAUCCAGUAAGCAGUAAUUGCAUUAAUACUGGUUCUAAUGAAAGCGGUAAUCAAUUCGUGAUAACAAAGUGUAGAAGAAAUGAAAAUGAGAAUGUAAACCAAGAAACCAGUGAUGAGACUGAGCACGAAGAGAGAUUGCUAUCAGUAUACUGCCGGUCGGGCAGGCUGGGAGCUGCCCACUACACGCUACAGACCGGGGAGCUAUUCGUUCUAGAAGAGAUAGUAGACCGCCCACCAGAGUUCCAAAUGUUCUUGAACCUCUUCCGACAAGUGGAACCAGCUAAAAUACUGCUAGAAGGAAAAUCGCAAAGUGCCUUCCUGCAAACUGUCAAGACAACCGUGUUUGACCACGACGCCAAUGGGCAGGGUUCCUGCAAAUUGAUUCUUUUGUCUGCUCGAGAAUACAGUUUCGAAGCGUGCAAACGUCGCAUAUACUCCCUAUCGCUUCCCAACGAACCGGCCGACUGUACAGAGGAUGAGAGGAUGCUCUUCAUCCGAACAGUGGUGGACUUCACUCACACGCAGAGCGUGCACGCUCUCGGCGCGUUACUCCGCUACCUGGACCUCAACUGGUCCACUCUCAGUAUGGAGUUGCACAGCAAACCGCAGUUUUUGAGCUUGAGGAAAAUUUCUCUUGCGGAUAUAGUCACGAUAGAUGAAGACACGUACCGCGGCCUCCAGGUAUUCAGCUCCGUGUCGCACCCCAGCAACUUCAAGAAGGGUGUACAGGGCAGCAACAAGGAGGGGCUCAGUUUGUAUCACAUAUUCAGCAAGUGCUCCUCCAAGGUUGGCCAAAGUAGGAUGAGGGUAUUCCUGCAGCACCCUACAAAAGACCUGUCAGUGCUGAGGCGACGGCAGGACGUGGUGGCAUUCUUCAUGAGGCCACAAAACGAAACCACCAUGAAAAAUAUCUGCUCCUCGCUUAGAUUCAUCAAAAAUAUUAAUGGCAUACUUACAAAAAUGAAAGCUUUAUCAGCAAAGCCAUACCAAUGGAAGUCGCUUUACAACACGUUGUACAACGCGGUGUUAAUUUGCGAGAUUUGCGAGGGUGCGGGCAACACGAGCGAGUUCCUUCACCAGCUCGCCACCUGCGACAACAAUAAGCUGUACGAAAUGGCGCUGUACAUGAACAGAAUAAUAGAUUUUGACCUGUCCAAGUCUGAAGGCAAGUUCACCGUCAAGGCUGGAGUUGAUCCGGACUUAGAUAUAAAGAAGCAAACCAUGGCGAGCCUCCACGGGCUGAUGUCUGAGACCGCGAAGGUGGAGCUGGAGCGGCUGCCGCCGUUUGUGGAGGAGUGCACCAUGCUGUACAUGCCACACCUCGGGUACCUGCUCGGCGUGAAGGCCUGGGACGACUACCUCACCAUGGAACAGAAGCAGUUGCCUAACAUGAAGUUUAUGUUUCAGAAUAACGACUAUAUUCAUUACAAGAGUAAAGGUUGUGAAGAGCUGGACGUGCUGAUAGGCGACACGUACCCCGAGAUAGUGGCGCACGAGACGCGCAUCAUGAUGCGGCUCACCAGCAUCGUGCUGGACAACCUCUGCACGCUCGCUGACGUCAUCGACAAGUGCGCCGAGCUUGACUGCUUAAUAGCAAUAUCGAAAGUAUGCAAAGAGCUAAAUUUUGUGCGUCCCACACUCACCGAGGAGAAAGUGAUCAGCAUCAAGCAAGGGAGACAUCCGUUGCAUAUAUUGAACUGUGAGAACUUCGUGCCCAACGACACCGAGUCGAGCCAGGAGGCGGGAUACGUUAAGAUACUGACCGGACCCAACUCUAGUGGGAAGUCGGUUUAUAUGAAACAGAUUGCGCUGAUAGUGUACCUGGCGCACAUCGGCAGCUUCGUGCCCGCUGCAGAGGCGACCAUAGGUCUAAUCAGCCGCCUGCACUCGCGCCUGCACUCCGCAGAGUGCGUUGCUGCACAUAUGUCUGCUUUCCUCGUCGACUUGCGACAGAUGGCACUCGUCCUCCAAGAGUCGACCUCCAAUUCAUUGAUCAUAAUCGACGAGUUCGGCAAGGGUACUUCCGAAGUGGAUGGUCUAGCGCUACUCUCCGCCUGCCUCAACACGCUGCUGUUCCAGGGAGAGAACUGCCCUCACGUGUUCCUCUCCACGCACUUCCUCAACAUCAAGCAAUAUAUUGUUAAGACGCCAAUCGUCAGGUUCUUGAGCUUCGAGCACAUGGUGGAAGAUGGCGAACCAGUGUUCUUAUUCCGCGUACGCGAGGGCAGCUCAGAGAACAGCUUCGUGCUGCAGGUGGCCGCCGCCAGUGGCAUACAGCAGCGGCUCGUGGAGCGAGCCAAGACCGUACUGGCCAGUUUGAUGGUACGCACACAGGAAAGUUUUAUCAAGCCAGGACCCAAAGUAUAAAGCAUUAAAUCGUGCUUUAUUAAGUGAUGAGGAAGAGGUAGUAGUUUUUCCCAAGACAGAUAUUAAAUUUUCACUACUUCUUUUUUUUAAUGGGUGAUAAUGGAAUGGUAACCCCACCUGCGCUAU